AUGUUUCGAGUCCUUCAAGACCUCAAUGUCUUGAGUCAUAAUUUCCAGCUGUUGGUGUUGAAAGGUCAAGGAGACCACCCAUUAAGGCUGUUUCAGAACUACUUUGGAGCCUUCACUGUUAAGGUGCCGCGAUUAUGGCCAGAUGUGAUUCGGGAAGCAUCUGCAGAAAACAAUUCGUUCAUCAGAUUUUGCGAGGUUGUGAUUGGAGCCGGUGGGUACACAGCCAAUAUGGCACGGCAGUACCCGCUGGCCUCGAAAGGAUUAGGACAGCUUAGUGCGGGGACAUCACGUGCAUGGGCGGACUUCAGAGCUUUCAUGAUGAAAGGGGUCGGUUUAAACGAACCCAAGCAUUCAAAUAUAUUUAGGAUUGUCCUCAAUGACAAGGGCGAGGACAAGCGGUGCAUUGGAAAUCUAGACGAGCUUGAGAAGUGCCUGUCCGGUGAUGCAUUGUCCAGAAUUUCAUUAGAUAAUGGAUGGAAGUUGCCAUUCCGAAGCUCGGUCGCACGUGUCAAUUUUAGGACCCUGAAUGUCACCGAGCAACUGCAGACUUUAUCCCGGACGUCGAUAUUCAUCACAACUCAAGGAAGCAGUGCUUUUCGUUGGGUAUUUCUUCCUCCAGGCGCUGUGGUGAUUGUCUUAGGUGCACCAGACGGACUCGUGCAAACGGAAUAUCCUGCAUUCUUUGAAGGUGCAGCAUGGUUUUCAAUGUCUCAAGUAAAAUUCUACAAGUAUCCCGUGCUACAACAUGCCAAGUCUGAAUAUGUCUUAGACCUUGCAACGGCCCCAAAUGAGGCUGUAGCCUAUUGGAAUGCUGACAUCAAGCCAGAGUGCAACAAGCUUGGCAUGCUGGUUGCACAAGCAAUCCGAGACUCAUUGGUUGAUUUGGCAAUCCCAAAAUGGGGUCAAAGUCACCUGUAG